AUGGAGGAGAGAGAAGCAACCAACAGCAACAUCAACAACAACAACAACGCCAGCAGUUUCGGCUUGAAGCAACAUGAAGCUUCUUCUGAUGCUUACCCAAUGGACCCACCUCGACCCGAUAACCCUAAUCCGUUUUCGGGCCCACCCAUCACUUCCGCUUCCUCCGCCGCCGCCGCCGCAACAGCCACUGUCGCUGAGAAUGCUGCGGCGGCUCCUCAGUUCAGCAUAACAAUGCCGGCGGAGAACGCUUCCUCUGAGCUGAAGAAGAAGAGAGGGAGACCGAGAAAGUAUAACCUCGACGGGACUCCCGUCACUCUUUCGCCGAUGCCAAUCUCCUCCUCUGUUCCGUUGACGACGGAGUAUCCUCCUCGGAAACGAGGAAGAGGACGUGGCAAGUCCAAUCGCUGGCUCAAGAAGUCCCCAAUGUUCCAAUUCGACAGAAGUCCCGUUGAUACCAAUUUCGCAAGUGUAGGAAUAGGAACUGCAGAUUUCGUUGGUGCCAACUUUACACCUCACGUGAUCACAGUAAACGCCGGAGAGGAUGUGACAAUGAAGAUAAUGACAUUCUCUCAACAAGGAUCUCGUGCUAUAUGCAUCCUUUCAGCGAAUGGUCCCAUCUCCAACGUUACGCUUCGCCAAUCUACUACAUCCGGCGGUACUCUAACUUAUGAGGGUCGUUUUGAGAUUCUCUCUUUGACGGGCUCGUUUAUGCAAAAGGACACUGGAGGAACUCGAAGUAGAGCUGGUGGUAUGAGUGUAUGCCUUGCAGGACCAGACGGUCGUGUCUUUGGUGGAGGACUCGCUGGUCUCUUUCUUGCUGCUGGUCCUGUCCAGGUGAUGGUAGGUACAUUUGUAGCGGGUCAGGAGCAGUCGCAGCUGGAGCUAGCGAAAGAAAGACGGCAAAGAUUCGGUGCACAACCAUCUUCAAUCUCCUUUAACAUCACAGCAGAAGAACGGAAGGCGAGAUUCGAGAGGCUCAACAAGUCUGUUGUGAUGCCUGCACCAGCUCCUCCUCCAUACCAGCAUCAUGAAAACACGGCGAGCGCGGUUCAUAGUUACUACACGAACUCUGUUAACCACGCCAAGGAUCCGUUCUCUUCCAUUCCGGUAGGUGAAGAAGAGGAAGGAGAGGAUGAGGAAGAAGAUGAAGACGGAUUAGAAGGUGAGGAAGAAGAGUUUGGAGGUGAUAGCCAAUCUGACAAUGAGAUUCCGAGCUGA